CAUUAACACACACACACACCCUUUGCAGGAUUGAAGGUUCCUAAGUGUAAUUGCAGGUGCUUCAUUCACAGAGGAACAACACCAGCAGCAUUUGUGUUCUCUGGUCACCCUCUCAGCAAAAUGUCUUGGGAUUAUUUUGGAUUCUCCUCCAUAAGGAGCAAUGCAAGAACCAACUCUUCCACUGUGGCUGUAAACAACCCGGCUGAUAUCUCUGUUAUUGUGAUUUACUUUUUGGUUGUCCUGGGUGUCGGAAUAUGGGCCAUGGUACGCACCAACCGAGCCACAGUUGGUGGCUUCUUCCUGGCAGGGAGGAGUAUGGUAUGGUGGCCUAUUGGAGCAUCACUCUUUGCAAGCAACAUUGGCAGUGGCCACUUUGUAGGGAUAGCUGGGACUGCUGCAGCUGGAGGAAUUGCUACAGGAGGAUUUGAAUGGAAUGCUCUUAUAGUGGUCGUCAUCCUGGGAUGGCUCUUUGUGCCAAUCUAUAUCAAAGCUGGGGUAGUCACCAUGCCGGAGUACUUGAUGAAGAGGUUCGGAGGCCAGCGUAUUCGCAUCUACCUGUCUGUGCUCUCCCUCUUCCUGUAUGUUUUCACCAAGAUCUCAGCAGACAUGUUCUCUGGUGCCAUUUUUAUCAACCUGGCUCUUGGGUUGAAUAUCUACCUAGCUGUUAUCUUGCUACUAAUGAUAACUGCGCUGUACACUGUCACAGGUGGAUUGGCAGCAGUGAUCUACACAGAUACCUUACAGACCAUCAUCAUGGUUGUAGGAUCGUUCAUCCUCAUGGGCUUUGCUUUCAAUGAGGUGCAAGGCUAUGAAAACUUCCAGAAGCUCUACAUGGAGGCCAUCCCCGCUAUCACAGGAAACGCCAGUGAAAACUGCUAUACGCCCCGGCCAGACUCCUUCCAUAUUUUCAGGAAUGCAAUCACAGGAGACCUGCCAUGGCCAGGCCUUGUGUUUGGACUCACCAUUCAGGCCACUUGGUACUGGUGCACUGAUCAGGUGAUUGUUCAGCGCUGCCUCUCAGGUAAGAAUCUAUCUCACGUUAAGGCAGGCUGUAUCCUAUGCGGCUACCUGAAGCUGUUGCCAAUGUUCCUCAUGGUUUUCCCUGGGAUGAUCAGCAGGAUUCUCUAUACUGAUGUGGUGGCAUGUGUGGACCCAGCUGAAUGUCAAAAACUGUGUGGGGCCAGUGUGGGCUGCACUAAUGUUGCUUAUGCCAAACUGGUGUUGGAGCUCAUGCCCAAUGGUCUGAGAGGUCUUAUGCUGUCAGUGAUGAUGGCAUCUUUGAUGAGCUCACUGACCUCCAUCUUUAACAGUGCCAGCACUCUCUUCACAAUGGACAUCUACACUAAGGUUCGCCGCUCAGCCAAUGAGCGGGAACUCAUGAUUGCUGGCAGAGUGUUUAUCUUGGUUCUGAUUGGUGUGAGCAUAGCCUGGAUCCCCGUGGUGCAGUCAGCCCAGAGUGGUCAGCUCUUUGACUACAUCCAGUCCAUCACCAGCUACCUUACACCACCCAUCGCAGCUUUGUUCAUUUUGGCAAUCUUCUGCAAACGUGUCAAUGAGUCUGGGGCCUUUUGGGGCCUUGCAAUAGGACUUGUUAUCGGCCUCUCUAGGAUGAUUGCAGAGUUUGCCUUUGGCACAGGCAGCUGUGUUGUUCCCAGUAACUGUCCCACCAUCAUAUGUGGAGUCCAUUACCUCUACUUCGGCAUCAUCCUGUUUGUUAUCUCCUGUAUCAUCAUCCUGGCAGUCUCUCUCAUGACCAAACCCAUCGAUGACAAGCAUCUAUAUCGACUGUGCUGGAGCCUCAGGAACGAAACAGAGGAGAGGGUGGACAUUGAACAGGAUGAUUGGGUUGAUACCAAAGAAUCCAACAUGGAAAUAGAAGAACCAGAGGAGGAGCCAGGCUUUUGCAAGAAAGCAGUGUUGUGCUUCUGUGGGCUCGAGCAGCAGACAGGCCCUGAGCUGAGUGCAGACGAGCAGGCAGCGCUGCAGAAGAAGCUCACAGACACAACAGAGCAUCCACUAUGGAGGAACGUUGUCAAUGCCAAUGCCAUUAUCCUCCUGUGUGUGGCCGUUUUCUGUCAUGGUUUCUUUGCUUAAAAGGAGCUCAACUGACCCUAAUCGCUCUCAGAUACUGUACUGCUAUAUUUAAAUGAGAUGAUUUUAUAUGAAUGUAAAGUAUGACCUGAUAAACUUCCACCUAAAGAAGAUCUUGUAAAUCCUACUGUACUGUAUCAUUAUUACCAUAAUGCUUCUGAUGUCUUACAUGACAUCAAAUGUACUUUGGUAAAGCACAAGCCUGUCUAAAAUAUGUAAUUAUUUCAUAGAGUAGGGAUGUAAAAUAUCUUUCAUUGCUGUUAAUUUUUCAGUAAACCAGUUAACUGAGCUGUAAUCCAUUAACACAUUUAUAACCUGUUAAUUAGACAUAAGCAUUUAUUCUUUUAUAUGCUGCACAUGACUGACUGUUAUACUGUUAAGGUAUAAUGAAAGAGAGAAACAGUAACCAUUAACAUGAGAUCAGCUGAUUAAUUGAUAUGCAGAGUACUCAAGCUAAUUUUUAAUUAAAAGAGUGCAUUCACGAUGCUUACAGAAGCAUACAAGUCUUAUUUAAUUUUAGAGUUACUAGUUUGAAUGCAUGUGAUCUGCAUAAAAUGAUCUGAAAACUUGCAGCAUUGGCAGUAACAUGUGCAAAUAGUGAUUAUAAUGAAUGUUAUUCUGAUUCAGUCUGCUUCUUAAAUAGUUAUUUGUUGUAUUAGGCACUAGCUUCUAGCGUAGAAGUAAAUGACAGGAAAGUGAAACGAACUGGCUAACUUUGACUUAUUUAAUUAGGGAUGUUGCCUUUAAUCAUAAAAAAAAAAAGAAAUCAAGAUUGUAAUAUCCCUGUUAUUACUAUUUUUGCUACCUCAUUCUACCUAAGCCUUUUUUUCCCCACAUAAUGUUUGCUCAAAGUCCAUGUGAGCUGUCACCUCAUAAAUCUGUGCACCUUACUUGUGUUGUUUUAGGUGUUAAUGAAUGAAAUAUCUCAGGGACGAUAGGUUGCACGGAGGACUUUUUGACUCUUUACUGUCCUCUACUGGUAAAUCUUUAUUCCUGCAGAAAUGUAUUACACUGGUUUUCUGUUUACAUCACUGCACAAUUGUCAGUUUCUGGUACAUCAGCUCUCUCUGGAAUAAAUGAAUUCCUGAUAAGAUUAAAUGCUGAAUGAUGAUAAAUAAAUGAUAACACUUGU